AUGUCCGGCUACGGAAACGACGAUCAAUCUGGCAGCUACGGCGAUAACCAGCAGCGUUACGGAAGUCGCAACACUGAUACUCAAUCUGGUGACUUAGGCAGCUCUGAAAGAGAUAAUACAAGCAGUGGCUUGGGCGAUGAUAAUACCUCUUCGGGUGAUGCAUAUGGCAGCACAAAGAAAGAUAACACGGGCCGUGGCUUCGGCGAUGAGAACACUUCCUCGGGUGGUGCAUUUGGCUCUACUACUGGUGCUGGAAGUGAUUCAUAUAACAACGAUAAGAUUGGUGGGUUUGGUGGAGUCAAGGCUAGCUCGGCUGGAUAUGGUGAUGAUGUUACUGGUGACCGCGAGACCUCAGGUGGAUAUGGUGGAAUGGAGAGUCGCUCUCAGGGUCUGGGCGGACGCGGUGAUGAUGAUACUACAUCGGGUGGUUAUGGAGGUAGCAAGCCUGGCUUGGGAGGAAGAGGUGACGACGAAGAUACUUCUGGUGAAAAUGGAAAGAAGGAUCUGACCUCAGGUGGCUUCGGUGGUGAUGAUACUACGUCUGGAGACUAUGGUGCUACCAAGUCUACCUCUACAGGUUUUGGUGAUGACAGUACUACGUCAGGAGGAUAUGAAAAGAAAGAUAUUAGCUCAAGUGGCUAUGGUGGUGAAGAGACUACUUCGGGGGGUUAUAGCACCACCAAGUCGGGUUUGGGUGGAAGAAAUGACAACGAUGAUACUUCUGGUGGAUAUGGAAAGAAGGAUUUGACAUCAGAUGGCUUCGGUGGUGAUGAUACUACAUCAGGAGAUUAUGGUGCUACCAAGUCUAACACUGGAGCUUUCGGUGAUGACAAUACUGCGUCAGGAGGAUAUGGUGACAAUACAUCCAGCUCUAACACAUUUGGAGAAGACACUCAAAUCUCCGGUGGAUACGGAAAGAAGGAUUCGAGCUCGGGUGGUUAUGGUGGUGGUGGUGAUGAUACAACAUCGGGAGACUAUGGUGGAGAUAAACCUAGCUCUACUGGCCUCGGAGGCAAUGCUCAAAGCACUGGAGGAUAUGGCGGAGAUACCCAAGCCACGAGCGGGUAUGGUGGAAACAAGAGCAGCACUGAUACUUAUGAGCAGACUUCAGGUGGCUAUGGCGGUAACAAGGACCAGACUUCAGGCGAUUCGUCAGGUAAUUAUGGAUCAAACGAUACUCAUGACCAAGGUGAACAUAAGUCUGGAUUGAAGAAGGGUUUGGAAAAGGCCAAGGAUUUGUUUCACAAGGAUUAA